AUUGCAAAUGUUCCAAUUUAACAAGACUGGCACAUGGGUGGUAUGUGUGUGUAAGGAGGUAAAUAACUAAAUUUGUCACUAGAGCUUUUAAAUAGGUUAAUCCAGCUGUGGAUUCUACUAACAGCGUAAAGAAAAUACAAGCAUCAACAUACAUUUUAAAUGAAUUUCCACAUGUAAGGAACAGGUCCCCUCCAGUUAAACCGAAUAUCAACAGGUGGUAAACUGCCUGAAACUGAACCAGCUGUGUUGGGCUGGUUAACAGACCGCCGACCACCUGGCUUUCAUUCUUCCGUUUAGGAUUUGAUGUUUGAGUGUGUGUGCUGGUGCAUUGUAGAAAAAUGCACAAUUCAGCACUACCCUGAAUAGACGGAAAGAAAAGCUUCCACUGAAAGCCGCUGAUUGUUAAAUUGAGACGAGGCUGAUAAUCGAUAUCUGAACAUACUGUUUCCCACAGCCUGUCCUUCACCCAGACACUUUAUAAAGGUCAUAAUAGUACUGACAGUGUUGUUAUUAUCGCUGGUUGUGACAGAGGCGGGUUUAGGAUCGGGGCACGCGGUGAUUGGACGUGACGACACCCCCCGCCCCCACCACUGUCACGAUGCUUCCGUUCUGUGCGUCAGCGCAGGCGCAGCGACCCCUCUCUUCUGAUAUUUUAUUUACUCCCGAAACCCAAGAUGGCUCCUGUGAAUGUCUCGUCCCCAUAGCAAAUUGAGGAUGCAAGUAGCUGCCGUGAAAACAACUUUCCCCCGACCGUCACCACCCCUGGAGUUCAUUUCGUAUGGUGCGGAGGAGGCCCACACAUCCGUCUAGGCACCGAGCAGCCGCCGGAGCUUCGCGAAACCCUCUUCAAGCCACCAAUUUGGAGUAGUUUCGCGAAGUAGCUCUUCUCCUCGCUGUCAGCGUCUGUCCGGAGCGAGGUUUAGGCAGGCAGCUCAUCCAAAUGGCCGAACCGAGAAAAGUGCAAUGUGUCACCCUCUCGGCCUUCGCAGCUGGCGCAGCCGCGGAGUCGAGGAAACGCCGGCUGGAGGAGGAGGCCGACUUCAACUUCGGUGGAGCCGGGGAGGUCGAGGCAGCGACCGGGGCAGGGGGGGCUACCAGCAACGGUCGGCUCGGCAAAACCGGCGACAGGGAGGAGGCUGGAGCCGAGAAGAGGGUGACGGUGCGGCUCAACCUGUCCCUGCCGGAGCCCGACGACCGCUCCUCCGCCGAGUUUAAUUACGGGGAACUCGUCCAAAACCUCCAGGUCAAGAAUAAUACUCCAAAUCUGACUACAGCGCACAAUCCCAACAACCCCUUCAAUGAUGACGAGAGAGAGCGGCUCCAGGUGGAGGCCCUGGCAAAAAAGUUUGAAAAUAAAUAUGCUAACACAGAGAAGAAGAAGAAGACCGACAGAAUGCAAGAUUUGAUUGAUAUAGGCUUUGGCUACGACGAGACAGACUCCUUUAUCGACAACGCAGAAGCUUAUGACGAGCUGGUUCCUGCCUCUUUGACCACAAAGCUGGGGGGAUUUUACAUCAACACUGGCACGCUGCAGUUCAGAGCGGCCUCCGACUCGGAGCCAGAGGAGGACAAGUUUCAGAAGCCUAAUGACGACAAGGAACAGGUGAUUGGUAAGAGGAAAAAGAAGGAAGUGAAUAACCUGGAAGAUAAGGACCCGAAGAAGAACAGAGUACCUAAACAAGGAGUUCCAGCCCUAACCCAACACCGGCCGGAGAAGAAGAAGAGGAAGAAGCUGAUGAAGGACUCUCUGUACCUGGCAGCCAUGCUUCGGCGCUUCACCCGGGAGAAGGAGGAGAUGAGGAAAAAAAGCACGAACACGGCUCAACCCGGUGUGGCAGGAGUCGUGGAUAACAAGCUACACUCCACCAAUUCAACGAACCACCUGUUGGCCUCUAACUCCACCCAUCCACAGGGCAACACAGCCACCAGCGACUUGUCACUGGCUGACCUCACCUCAGACCCCGCUGUGAUGUCACUGCUAGGAUCGGCCAACGAGAAGGAGCUGCAGGAUCUCCUAGGCGAUCUGGACUUCAGCGUGUUGGACACUGACCAGCAGCACGCCAGGGAGAACGGCAUUCUCGGAGUCGGUGUUCCGGACCUCACAGGAGCAGCAGGGGGAAGUGGCCAAGGGCGAGGCAUGGGGUCUUCCAGCGGACUGUUUCCACCGCCUCCGCUGCCCGAUGGACUGCCUGCUCCGCUUAUUAAACGCAUCGAAGACAUGCGGGCGGCCUCACAACAGUUUGAUCAAGAGGGCAGGAAGAAAUUUUUCACCUUGGACAUGAAUAACAUUCUCCUGGACAUUGAGUUGCAGGUCCAGGAGCAGCCUGCUGAUGUGCGUUUAGGCAUCUACUCGCACAUGGAGGCAUUUGUACCGUGCAAUAAAGAAGCCCUCCUCAAACGCCUGAAGAAGCUCAGUCUCAACAUCCAGGAUGACCGUUUACGGACGCCGCUGUUGAAGCUGAAGCUGGUAGUGUGUAGUGUGAUGCCAGAGCAAAUAGCCAGAUACAACAUAGACUGCAUGGCCAGGGUUGCAAAGCAGCAGUCAGAAGAGGGCGAUAAGAAUUGCUCAGAGGACGAAGAUGAGGAAAAGCCUGGGAAGAGGGUGAUGGGUCCGCGGAAGAAGUUUGCCUGGGAUGAGAAGCUCAGGAACCUGCUGUGCAGCUUGGUGCGAGUGAAGCUGAGCUGCUACGAGAUGGAGAACCAGUGCUCUCUCUCUGUGGAGGACUACCUCAAGGCCUUCUUAGAGAAUGAGGUCAAACCACUAUGGCCCAAAGGCUGGAUGCAGGCCAGGAUUUUGCUCAAGGAGAGUCUUGCCGUUCACAGUCACCUCACUGGAAACCUAGUCAAGAGGAGAAUGGUGCCUGGGCCCAAGGCCAAAGCCAAGGAGGGUCUUUGGAUCCACAAACCAACUCUCACGAUGACCUCCACCUCCGGAUCCGCUCUGACCUACUCCCGCCAGCCCCCCUCCUCUUCAUCGCCUCCGGAGCCCAUCUGUCUGUCGGACUCACUGGAUGAGGAUCUGACCGCUCCCUCUCUGGACUCCAUCUCCCAUGCUCUGGCCCUCCUCAGCAAUGCAUCUAAGGGCCUGGCCCUCUCAGACAGUCCUUUGUCGCCACCGCCCCUUCAAAUGCCCACCUCCUCUCCUCCCCCAGUCACCCCUCAUUACCCAUCAGCCUCUCAGCUCUCUGCCUCCAUUGCAUCCACAAUGCAGCAGCAUUGCCUCUCUAAGGUGGAGGCCGCUCCGCUGCCGUCUGCUGGGAACUUGCCAACAACAACGCUACUAACCUCCUCUUCUACCUCCUCGUCUCCCGCUGUUUCCUCCUUGGCUUGUGUGCAGGCAGCAGGCCUGUCGCUGGCCUCCAGGACUGCAGUCGGUCCUUACGGCCUGAUUAAAGCAUCUGGCACCAUGGGCCAAAUCCCGACUCAGAGACUUGUUACCAUGGCAUCAUCCAAUCACAGGCCAAGCUUGGUGAUGGGUGUGAGUGGCAAGAUGCAUCCAUACCCGGCCCCAUCGCCCCUGAAGCAGCGGCCUCCUCCCACCGCUUCCCCACUGCUGCCUCCCCAUCAGAAGGGCUUUGUUAGCCCGUCGGGGAUACUGGGAGCUAUAGGAUCCCCUCAAGGAUUGGCCAAGAGCAGUGCUAAAGCCAGCGGUAGCAACGGCAGCAUGAGCAGCGGCAUCACGCCUUCUUCCUCCCCCUCCUCACUGUCCCGCUCUAACUCUAGCACGCACCCUGGCUUGCAGUCCUUCUGUCCUCCCUCCCCGGUGGCCUCUUCACCGUCCCUUACCUCCCAUACCUCACACGCCUCUCAAGUUAAAUCCCACACGCAUCAUCACCACCACCAGGCCAACUUCAUCACACCCAUGCAGGCCACCCUCACCAAGUCCUCCCACAGCAGCAACUCCUCUCCCAUCAUCAAGCUCACCCCUCGGCCUCCUGCACCCACUCCACCUCCCACCUCCUCCUCACCCUCCCCGUCAUCGUCGCCCUCGCAUCCGCUCUCCCAUCAAAUGAUCCUCAGCCAACAGCAACAACACCAGUAUUCUCCCAAAACCCCCAAAACGUUUCGCCCCCCCUUCAGUGUAUCGGGCGGUGGGCAGGUGAAGCAGUCGCAGUGCAGCUACAGUUUCGCUGGAGGCCAGAAGGCUCAGUCCACGACGAGCAACAGCAGCAUCAACAACAGCCCCAUCAACAAGGGAGUCAUACCAACCGUGUGCAGUCGCCCAGACAAAACUCCCCUGUCUUCUGCAUCUUCAGUCUCGGCCAAUCACGGGCAGAGGCAGAGGGCGGUGGGUGGGGGUAACCAGAGCUCAAAGGCAGGAAACGGUUGGGCUGCCUCAGGAACUUUGGCCACGUCCUCUACAACAUCACACCUCUCACAGGUAUCAACAGCAGGCACUUCCCUCCUGGGCAGCCCCUCCACUCUGCCCCUGGGCUUUGGGAUGUUGGGAGGCCUGGUGCCAGUCUCGUUGCCCUUCCAGUUCCCCACGUUGCUCAACUUCAACCCUGCAGGAGCCUCGGUGGUCGCUGGCAUGGGCUCAGCCGCCAGCUCCAACUCAGGAUACACCCUAGCACAGAGCGACCUGAUGGAUCUGUACAAGAGUCUCCAGUCAGGGGCGCAGGCUGCCCUACCUCCUCACUUGCAGCUUGCUUUCUCAGAUGCGAACCAAAGCCAGGGGGCAGACAUGAAGAGGAAAUCCCACUGACCAAUGACAGUGCAGGAGGCCGACACCAGUGGAGUGACAUCACAGCCUCCUGGACACAUCCCUCAAUAGGAAUCUUCACUCUGAUUGGCUGACGCGUGAUAUGGUAUGAGGGGGCGGGGCUCCACUGCCUCUUUUAAAAUGGACCUAAAGGAGAAUAGGUUUAUCCUCGCCUCAAGUGGCAAUGAUGAAUUCAUUUAACUGUUUUCUAAUGAACCGGGUACGAGAAGAAGACUGAGUGAAUGAUGAGAACGCUUUUACUUUUGUUCGGCUUAUUUUUCUUAUUUUUUUGUCAACAUGUUUACAUAUGACCGACCUUGAUCACUGUGGAAUAAGUGUGAGCGAGGUGGUGAUACAGAUGAGUAGUAGUAGUAUGCUACGUAAUAUAAAUUGUAUUUAAGCUUAGGUGGGAAAACAGGACUCUUGUUCUUGCAGUACAAAAAGGAAAAAAGAAAAACAUUUUAUUUUUUAUUUUCUCGUCGUUUUGUCUCGGAUGUGGGAAUCGUUGUGUCCGUAGAACUUUUAUUGUGUUUUAUUGUUCACCUCUGCUCCCACAAAUGACUUAAGUAGUAGCUUAAAUUAAUAUUCAUAAAUUAUUUGUAAUUUACACAGGGGCAGAAACGUGAGUGAGAGAGCGAGAUAGAUAUAGUGUGAGAGCGGUGACGUUAUUUGAAUGUGUGUGUAUGUACAUAAAAAACACAAUAUACUGUUAAUCUCUUUCCAGAUGAUUCUGAGUGGACGGGUAAAGCUGUGUUCCCCCUUUUAACAACAAUGAGCGAGUGUGAGUUGGAUGCCCCUCUCUUGCUCCGUGUGUUUUUGGUGCCGUUUGAUCCCAUUGGACCUUUUCUGGAAAAAAGACUUGAAUUGAAAGUGUUGGGCUCCUGAAGAGGAGCCGGGCCGCCUGUGAGAGAGGGGGGGGGGGGGGGGACGUCAAGAUUGUAGCCUACUUGAAUUGUUUUAGGUUUUUUGUUUUUAGGGAAGAUUUUUUUAAAUUUACUUUCUCUGCUUAACUCGAUCCAACUUAAAACAACACAACGCCUUAGUUCGUAUUAUAAACGUAUGACAAAGAUCUAUGCAGGACUGUAAAACGCUCAAUGCAAAGGUGCAAAGUGGUCGCUUGGCUUUCAACCUCAGCUUGUCGGCGUCGAGUGUUUGUAGAUGUUCGGUCUCGCGAGACUCCCGCUCGUCAGACGGACUGCGGCGCCACUCGCCACGCCAGCGCUUCUGCUCAUUGUGACGUGGCGCCGUUUGUGUCUGGAGUCCCGCGGCGACCGACUGCUGCAAAUGCACCACACGACAAACGAGCUCCUCCCGCCUGUUUGUCUGCUCCUCCAUUGCGGCAGAGUUCAAAUGCCCGUCGCUGUCUGAACACACCUGUGGAGAUGGAAACCUUCUGCUGAAUACCUCCGUUAACAAAACCGUUCUUCCGGAGUCUCUCGUUGACCUCGCCCGACUCGUUCCUCCUGCGUGUGUGUGUGUGUAUGUGUGUGUGUCUGACCGGCGGCACCGAGAAUGGCGCCAAAGAUUGUUUUGUAGCUCACUUGGAUGGGGUGUUGCUGGUCAGCGUGUGUGUGUGUGUGUGUGCCUGUUCAAGUGAUUAUUCUUGCACCACCCUCAACCCCCAAUAUACACCCAAGAGCGUUGAUGUGUGGUCCUUCAGGAUCUCAUUGUGAAGUCAUGUGACUGGAGCAGUGGGUGACAUCUUAUACGUUGUGCUUUCUUUGGUGUCGGGGAGGAUUAAAAAUGGCAUUUCGUGGUUAACUGGUUACUUAAUUUGGUCUUUUGUAGAUUAUUUUUGUGUCGUUUAUGAAAUUAAACAAUGGGUGGUUUUCAUGACUACUCUUCUAUACUUUU